AUGUAUAUGCCGGGCCGAGGGUGGUGCAAUUGGAAAUGGAGGUCGAAAACUGAACAAGCCGAGACCGGUGAGAUCAAGGAGGAGCAAGCGACGCGCGCGAAAGUCCCGUUUGAUCCUAGCCACCACUGGACGCUUAUUCGAAUAUUUUAUACCCUCUACCUACUUGGACUCUUACCGAGCCCAACUCUUCCUACAUCUGCCUUUGUAUCUGCUAUCAUGGGUCAAACACUGUCAGAGCCCGUAACUACCAAGAACUCGGAUACCGGCAGUGAUGAGCGAUACAUGUAUGGUGUCUCAGAAAUGCAGGGCUGGCGCAUCAGCAUGGAGGAUGCGCACACGACCGUACUCAAGCUCGAUUCGCAGUCAAAUAAUGCAUUCUUUGCUGUAUUCGAUGGCCACGGCGGCUCCACAGUAGCAAAGUAUGCCGGAUCACAUGUGCACGAGAGACUCAAGUCGGAUGCUGGAUACCAGAGCAAGGAUUACAAAGGAGCACUGAAACGCGCCUUUCUAGGUACCGAUGACGACUUGCGUGCAGACCCUGCGUUCUUCCAUGACCCAUCGGGAUGUACUGCGGUUGCGGCUCUUCUUACAGAGAACAAGAUCUUGGUUGCCAAUGCCGGUGACUCUCGAUCAGUGAUGUCCGUCAAGGGUGUCGUCAAAGAGCUCAGUUUCGACCACAAGCCCCAGAAUCCUUCUGAGACGGCCCGAAUUACAGCCGCUGGAGGCUACGUCGAGUUCAACCGUGUGAAUGGCAAUCUCGCCCUGUCGCGUGCCAUCGGUGACUUUGAAUUCAAACAGAACUAUGCGAUUCAGCCUGAACAACAGAUCGUCACCUCAAACCCGGAUAUUACCGAACACGACAUCACCGAUGAAGAUGAAUUCAUCAUUCUCGCCUGUGACGGCAUCUGGGAUUGCCUUACUUCUCAACAAGUCGUCGACUGCGUUCGUCGGCUCGCUGCCGAAAAGAAGAGCCUUGGCGAGAUCUGCGAGACGAUCAUGGAUCGAUGCGUCGCGCCCGAUUCCGAUAUUGGUGCCGGAAUUGGCUGCGAUAAUAUGACGAUCAUGGUCGUCGCGAUUUUGAACGGCCGGACAAAGGAGGAGUGGUAUGAUUGGAUGGCAGAUCGGGUCAACCGCAAGUGGGGCCAUGAGACUCCCGAGGAGCUUCCCCAGCUGUACUCGGAGGCACGUAUCGCCGCCGCACGCAAUCGCGCCGCUGGCCGUGGACCUGCCGGCAGCGCUCUUCCCAGCGCUGGUCUGAGCAUGCUCCAAAGGAUCCUGAACGGUGCUGGUGCUCCUGGUCUCUCCGGUGCCCCGCUCGCGGGUGGAUUAGCCAGCCGAUUGGCGUUUGACGCCGACUCGAGUGAUGAAGAGAUGGACGAGGACGAGGAGCCAGGUUCGGCUGGUAAGCUGUUUGGCAAUCGAACGAGGGGGCUGGGAGAGGAAGAUGACGACGAGCUCGCGAAGGAGGGAGGAGAGAAUGGCCAGCGGAAAGAGCUGGACUCUCUCAAGGCCCAAUUAGACGAACUCGAGAAUGGAUUGGAAGAUAAAGUCAAGGAAGCCGAAGGGGAGCUAGGCAAGAACGGGGCGAAGAACGGUGGUGACGAUGUCGUCGCUCACAUUGAGGAUGUGGACAAGGAUGCACAGCCCAACGGCUAUGGUCUUUCCUCUAGGCUGCCGACUGCGAUCGGUAGUCCUCUUGUACCCACACCUCAAGUACUUCGCGAUCAUGUACGCACUCCGUCGCCCAAUCUGACCAGCGCAACCGGGAGUUCUUAG